UUUUUGUUUAUCGAAAAUUAAAUUUAUUUAUAUUAACUGUUCAGCAUACCUCAAAAUUCUUUAAAUUCGUUUUCAUUUUUAUUGGAGUAUUUGAAAUGGACAAUAAAUCGGAUAAAUUGUGGAAAAAGACCAUACGGGAUCAGCAAAAACGCAUUAAGCCCGGAGAGUGUCAAAAAUACAUACGGAUUGUUGUAGAUUCACACAUAAUGUCGGCAUCAUAUGGCCGGGAAUUUAUAGCUGAGCUUAACAAUGCCAUCGGAGAACUUAAAUAUGAUGUUAGAACCUUACCCAUUAAGGAGUCUGUAAUAUGGGAGCGCAAUAUGGGCCAAUUAGCUUUAAAACCCAAUGAAGUCAAUGCCUUAAGCGAUGUAUGGCAAAAGGAAGAUCAGAUUGUCAAAAUAUUAACUCACAUAGAGCUACAACAAAUGAUAAAAUCAGCCACUUUGCACAAAAUAGCAGAGGAUUUUAAUAAACACUAUGCUAAUAAACAACAUAUAGUAUUAUUUUUACGUUCCAAAGAAAAACAUUCAUCUGCAAUAUCUACGGCUCUAAUAGAACUGCAGGUCAUGCAUCAACUGAAAGUUUUAAAAGUUGAACCCACCACCAAGGAAUUGUUGAAUCAACUAAAGCGUUUAACUAAGGCCAUAGCAGAGAUCCCCCAUAAAAAACAAAAGUCUGAGAUAUUGGGCACAUUUAAAAAGUAUCUUGCCAACGACAAGAAACAGUGUGUUCGUGUAGAGGGCACCAAUGGCUUUGGUCGUUUAUGGCAACAACAUUUAAACCGUCUGCCCAUGGUCACACUGGAAGUUGCAGAAACUAUUAUAGAUAAAUAUUCGUGUCCGAAAAAACUUUUAGAUGAUCUUAAAAAUAAUCCAGAUGCCGAAAAGGAAAUAUCUGAUUUGAAAAUUAAACGUUCUGGACCAGUAGCUCUGCAAACCAAUCGACGUGUUGGUAAUGCAUUGUCCCAUAAACUUUAUAUGCUUUAUAAUUCAAAGGAAUCAACAACUUUAAUUUAAUUGUAUAAAACUUUUAGUUUAUAAUUUUAAUAAAGUUUUAUCUUGUUUCGAAAGUAGGGUUCCUCCUUUCCCGAACUUUUUCCAUUUCAUGAAAAUAUUAACAAAUUCAUUCCUGUUCAUUCCUGGGAAUAUUUUAAUACUCAAUUAAGGCCAGUCAUUUCUAAAUAAUAGAUCAAAAUUCAAUUAUAUGUAUACUUUUCUUAAAAUAUUUAAGUUUAGAACGAGAAGUUUUUCGAUAACCAAAUUUAAACCAGUAUUAUUAUUGUUUUCUCUAAAUAUGAAUAUCCCUAGAUGUUUCCCGGGUGAAUUUUGCCGAUUAUGAACCCUAUUCGAAAGAGAUAUUUU